AUGGCUCACCUCUCGCAUCGUCCCGCCCACCAGCUCGUUCGGCGCCAGUACUCGACGUUCCCUCUACAAAUCGACUUCACCGCAGAACACCUGCUCACUCACCCCCUGAAUGCUCUGGAAAUGGAUUUCGAGCCUGAAAAUCCACCCCCGCACAGAAUGUUCGACCCUGCCACCGAGACGGUCGUUCUCAGUGAUCGGCCCAAGAUUCGCAAGCCGGACGGUGAAGUCGCUCGCCCUGGCAGAGGUGGCUAUACGCUUGCCUCUGAUUUGAAGUGGCCCGACGGUUUGUACGGCAAAGUUCAGCAUAGGGUCGCCGCCUUGGCCACGAAACACAUGAAACCAAUCAGUCUCAGCAAUCAACCUCUAGAGGCCAUCAAGACCGUGUGCGAUGAGGCCGCGAAGUCUUUCCCUGUCUUGCUGGACUACGAGGAUCAUUGGGUGACUCGCGACAUGCUCAAGACUCACUUGAAGAACAAGGCGCAGCUUCGCCAGAGACGACAUGACGUUGCGAAGCCAACGGAUGGCAAACGGAGGGCUAACGACGUCGCAGGACCAGAAUCCGUGAAGCGCAAGAAGGGCUCGCACUCGGAAAGCAGAACACGUCUUAAGAGGUCUGCCAUAGAUGAAGAAGCCCAGGACGUCUCGAACGACCCGCGUGUCAUAAAGCGUAUGCGCGUCCAGGAUGGUCGCACAAUUGUACUCGUUCGUUCCAAGGGUACGAGUGCGGGGCCUCCGGAGAGCUCUACCUCUCAGGCUUUGACUAGUGUGCCAUCUUCCGCGCCAUCUCAGCCCAUUACGACCACUCAGCCGACGUCUGCUGAAGAUGUUGCUGAGGUCAAUUCCCCAAAGCCUCGCGAGCGCAAUACUCAACAGCAACGCAAGCGACUGCCCAUACCAGUACAGGACAAGACAGCGUCAUUCACUGUCAAGUUAUUCGCUUGUGCGGGUGACUGGGACGUCAUUGCGGCGCUCGUCUUCCAACCUCCUGCACCCGGUGAUUUAGACAUACCAUCUCUAAAGAAGCUACUUGGUGUCGCGGGUUGUCUACAGGUCAUCGAUCCAAUUAAUCUCAAGCCUUUCCACUAUUAUCGGCCUCAUAUUGUCGAACAUGACGAUCUCGAAGAAUUACUCGUGAACGGAUACUUGAGAGUUGUGGAGACACAUGCAUGCAAGUAUUGCGCUGGGGCGAGUGCUGCCUCGUAG